AUGUCCCACUACCGUAACCAGCCACAAUCUCACUCGCAUAUUUAUCGUAUGGUUCGGGUGGAUCCUAGCAUUUGUCCAUCGAAUGGGACUUCUCGGCGUGACGAAGGAAGCGACUCUAACGACUCUUCCGCUGCCAACUCGCAGGAGCUUCGAAGUCACUCAGUAGUUAAAACAACUCCUGACGUGCCAAUUGUGCUUGAUGGCUCAGCACCUGCGCUGGUUCCCACCACCCCCGAGCCGCCACAGUCAACGUCUGAACAUCGUGUUGAUCUGAUUGUUUACUACAACAAGGUGUUUUUACCGCGGGUAGAACAGUAUGUGAGGAACUUGAGCGAAAACUCGACGUUGGCAAGCCUAUCACCGAUGCCCGCACGACGGAUCCCUCGAGGAACACCGCUGAAGAGAAGUCUUUCGGAUAAGGUUACCGUUGUUCCAUUCUGUCAAUUGCCAUAUAUCCAUCGGGACAUGGCCUUCCGUCCGUUACAAAAUAACCCAAAGUCCCGCUCGAGACUUCCGAGCCAUAAACCGACUCCUCAACAGGAGCCGACCAAUGUACAGAAUAGCUGGAGCGCCGGAGCUACCUGCUCCUGUUGGUUACCGUAUCGUUCUGUGAGCAAGAUUUCUGUACAUGCGUUUUUCACUGUACGAUUGCAAUGA